AUGGUUUGUGCAGUCUUAGGCGCUGAUGUGGCAUCUCGUUUAGAGCGCACCCCCGGGGCUGCCUGCGCCUCUGAUGAUGUCGUUGUCGAGGCUGUGGUUGUCGAUGCCGUAGAUGACGACGUGGUGGUUGACCCCUCAGUGGUUGAUGAUGCUGUAGUUGAUGACACUGCACUGACCUCAACUGCAGUCGAUGACGAGAAGGAAUUCCCGGUCGCCGUGGCACAUAUGGUUUGA